UGUGGUCGCUCACUCGAAUCGAUCCCUCAGCACAUGGCGGCCACGCGGCCCACGGCGUGCGGGUCGCCGCGCUUCUCGGGACCCCGACGGUCUUCGGGGGUCGCGGCUUUCGCGGGAGGGUCGCGUCUCUCGGGGGCCCCGGGGUUCGCGGGCGCCGCGGGGCUCGCCCGGGGCCCCGAGUCGAGCCUGGUGAGCGAGAGCUGCGUGCGGCACCUCGCGCUCUUCCCCCGCCACUUGGGCCGACUGCGCAGCGGCAUCGGGGAGCAGCUGGACGCCGAGCUGCUGCGCUACUCGGAAAGCCUCAAGGGGGUUCCUCUCGCCUACGACAACAUGAAGCUCCUCAGCGGUCUCGGCGACCUCAUCGAUGAUCAGGGAUACAUCCACAUGGACGUCCAAGCGGACUUUGUGGUCUUCCGUCCCAAUCCAGGGGACAUUCUCAAGGGCGUGGUGAACAAGUUGGGCAGCGCACACGUGGGCUGCCUGGUGCACGGUUGCUUUAACGCGUCCCUGGCCUGCCCGCGCGACGAGCCCGGCGUUCCGUGGCGGGGGGCGGGGCUGUUCCCCGGCGACACCGUGCGCUUCACCGUGACGCACGUCGACUCCGACUGGGCUGGUGUCCUGCUCGUGCGCGGCUCCCUCAUCGGCCUCGGAGUUCCCGAUGAGAGUUAUGCUGAGCAAGCGAAUGGGGCCGCAAAACAGGAGCAUGAGGAGGUUCAGAAAGUCCCGGUCGAGUACACAGACUCUGCGCCGAACGAGAAGAAGAAGAAAGAGAAAAAAAAACGUGACCGAGAGGUCGGGGUGACGAUCAAGGUCGAGGAGACGAUGGUGGUCGAGGAAGUGGUGGAGCAUCGUCAUAAAGAAAGAAAAAAGAAGAAAUCCAAACGGAAAGGGGAAAGUGAUGGAGAAGAACCAAUCUGUGACGGCGUCACCAAGCUUCCUGUGAAAGAGGAGCCUGAAAGUGAACUCUGCACGGAGAUUGGCAGUGAAGCUUGCACGAGCCAAACCGAAGCUUCUGUUAGCCCAGACCAGAAGAAGAAAAAGAAGAAGAGGCGGCGUGACAGGGAUGAGGAGGGGAGCACGGUGCCGCUGAGCGACGGAUCCCGCUACCUGAGCAAUGACGCGGGACACGAGGCCAAUGGAACUUUGACCUCUGACCCAGAAGCCCCAAAGAAGGAAAAAAAGCGUAAGAGGAACUCCGUUGAGGAUAUUUCGCUUUCAGAAUCGCCACUGCCUAAAUCCAAAAGAAGAAAGUGAGCCACAGGGCACGGACUUCUCACGAUACCAAAGACAAUCACCUCGGUGCGAGCCGUUUGCACCAGGAAUGCGUUGUCUGACCCUAGUCGUGUUUAUGCCUUUGCCUGUGUCGAAUAACCACAUUUCGUAUGUUUUUGAUUACCGUGGUUGAAGCUACUUUUUAUUUAAAUUUGAGAUGGUGAGUUUGAAUAAAAGUCGUAUAAAAGUUGUAUAAUCAGUUGGAAAACCUACGUAUACAUGUUUACACCAAGAAAAGUGCACAGCAUCAGCGGCUGUGUGUUGUAACGGCGUGCAGUGGUGUUCGUUGAACAAUACACUUGUGAGCUAACUGAGUAAGCUGUCUUUACGUGAUACUCUGGAAAAUGGUUUAUAUGCCUGCAUAAAGUGAUCUUUUAUAAUUGAUUUCCUACACGCUGGUUAAUCCCAUGGUGUGUUGUAGCCAAUGCAGGCUUGCAAAUGUGAGUGUUUUGUUGGCAUGGGAAUUAUAGUACAUGUAUUUUCUGAAACGGUGGGUUGUUGUGGAUUGUGUGAAUAUGGUUUGUUUUGAAACUGGGAGGAGGGUGAGAGUGUCAUUUGGUCUUUAAAUAUUUACCGUAUCUUUAUUUGAAGCUUUCGUGACUGCAGGAAUCCAC